AUGGGUCAUGUUAUUCGCUUUGUAGACAAUGAUGUGGAAUUGGAGUUUGAAAGGGAAGAAUGUGAGGAACCUCCCACAAAGCCUGAUGUAGCAGAAGGGCAUCGUUAUGAGCAAGACAAGAAAGAGAUACCAACUCCAAUUAACACCCACCAUGAAAAGUUGUUAGCUGAUGUUGACACUUUUAAAAGUGGUGAUUCUGAGGAUUCAGUAUCAGAUGGGCAUCUUGUUUCACCACACCAUACAUAUAUUGUGGAGCACGUUGUUGGAGAAGAUAGACCUAGCUGUAAGGAGGUAUCUCCUAAAGAUAUGGCUGGGGUGGAAUUCAAGAGAAGGAGGGUUCCAACGAAAAGAAUUUUUGGGGCCGAGUUUACUGAUCCAACUAGAAAGAAAAGGAAAGAAAAGACAAUUGUAACUGAUCCUUGUGAAAUUAAUCCCCUACAUCCAUAUGACAAAAAGCAAAUGAGACGUUUUAAGAAAUGGGUAAUUGGUUUAAAAGAGAAUGAUAAGCCUAUUUCUCUCUUGGUUGGUUCGUGCACAGCGAAAUGGUUUAUUCAGCUACUUAGACCACGUACAUGGCUUGACGGACUGCACAUUGAUGCAGCUUUAGGGUUGAUGAAAGAACGAGUGUACACUUAUAAGAAGACUUACUUCGAAAGAUUCACCAUCGUGGAUUCUAUGUUCCAACUGUUCUUCGAACCGCAAUCGCAACAAUUCAACAAGAGGAAAAUCAAAUUAAGCUACAUUUGGCAAAAAGAAGUGCUUGAUUACUUAGUAGGUGAUGAUAACAAUCUCAAAAGGAGUUGUAAAGACAUUGACGAUUUGUUUACCCUGAUUAAUUUUUUUGGGACACAUUGGGUGUUGUUAGAGAUAUCAUUGACAAGCUAUCUUAUAAAAGCUUAUGACUCUGAUAUCACUUUGGUCUCCAACAAGGAGUUUGAGAAUAAAAUGAGCAGAUGGGGAAAAAUGCUACCAUAUCUAAUUCAAUCUAGUGGGCUAUUAAGCCAUCGGAAAGAUGUCCAACUACAAGCAGAGAAAGUGCAUUUUGAGUUCACAAGACUUGGCACAAAAAACGUGCCACGGACCAAAACUAGCGGGUUUUGUGGGGUAUAUGUCAUCAAACAUCUGGAGUACUUGCUAGCCAACAAACUUUUAUCUGAAAAUGUAUGA